AUGCGGAGGCGGUGUAGGUCCUCAUCCGCGGCGGAGAUGGUGAGCUCGCCGCCGUCGACGACGAGCUCGGGCGCGAGCGCGGGAACGCGCUCGGACUCGCGCGCGGUCGUCGUCGUCGCCGUCGUCGUCGUCGUCGCGGACGCCGCGUCGCGAGACGCGGCCGAGGAAGGGGACGACCUCGGGAGGACGUCCGAGGCUCUGGUCGCGCGCGUCUCGCGCGCGCUCGUCUCGCGCGCGCCGCGGCCGACGGCGAGCGGCGCCGCGCGCGCGGGCGUCGCGAGGGCGACGAAGGCGGCGAGCGCGGCGACCGCGAACGCGAGCGAGCGACGCGUCAUCGCGUGGUGGUUUGUGUGGUGUGCGCGCGAGGCGUCCGAGACGAGCGUCGACCGACGAAACGGGGUCGCGCGCACGCUCGUGGAACGCGCGAGGCACGAACGGUCGAGCGUCAGGUAUCAGGCGGUCGGUUCUCUGUCGUUAUCCCUAGUGAGCUAA